AAUGCUAAUCGCGUUCAUGGGCGCACCCCAAUAUUUUUACAGUCCAUCGAGAUACUUUUACCAGGAAGCUCUUUGCUAUUACUCCACGGUGACCACUGAUUGUUGUCUAUUUUUAUAAGGUCUACGCGUGGACCACUAAACUCGGUAUAUUUUCUACGCUGUGGACUCGUGUUCUCACCGCAUAGACCAUCGAUAUUUGUUCACCCUUCUAACUUCCUGUUCCUGUGUUCUCGCGUUCACCAUCACAAAAUGAAGAUGGCGUCUUUCGGACGAAUUUCUCAAGCUCUCUAUCGCUCUACUUUGACUCAGACCCGGCGUCAGCUCUCCGCUGCAGUACACGGCGAGGAGCACCAAGCCGCCCGCACAUGGAAGAUCCUGACCUUUGUGGUGGCCCUUCCUGGAGUGGCUGUGUGCAUGCUGAACACUUAUCUGAAGAUGCAGCACCACAGCCAUGAGAACCCAGAGUUUAUCCCCUACAGCCACUUGCGCAUCCGCAGCAAGCGCUUCCCUUGGGGUGAUGGCAACAAAUCCUUCUUCCACAAUCCUCAUUGCAAUGCUCUCCCUGAUGGCUAUGAAGAAGAACACUGAGCUUCUCUCCUUGCAAUGAAAAACAGCCCCCUGUACCGGGACCAGAGACAACCUUCCAUACUCCCCUGGUUUACAGGCCAGGACCCGGACCACACCACCUCAAGCAGUUUAUUAACCUCUUAAAAUUGUGUUUACUUGACCCAGUGUCUUUACCUAAGACACCCUAUUCAAUAGUUACGUUUUUGGACCAUGUACACAAUGUUGUUUUAACUUAUCAAAAAUAAAAUGAUAUAAUUCUUACUGGAA